UAAAUUUGAUACCACCUGGGUUUCAUAUUACGAUUUUGACUUGGAUUCACAUUCUAUUUUGAACCUAAACACCUAUAGUCAAAUCUAUAAGACCUGAAUUGGAUCAUAAACUCCAAAACUAGGGUUCUUUCUCAAAUCAGCCAAAUUGUUUGCAGCAAGGCAGCUGCAGCCAAAUCAUCAGAUCAUCAGCCGAGAAAGAAGACGAGGAUGGGAGAGCUAAAGAAUGCCACGACACUUCCGGAAGAUUUAAUGUAUGCAGAAAUACUCCCCCGAAUACCAGCAAAAUAUAUUCUUCGAUGUCGCCUCGUUUGUAAGUCCUGGAACUCUGUUUUCUCCACACCCGCUUUCGUCAAUUCCCACCUCGCUCGUCAACUCCACAACAACUCUGAAGAAAAUGAUCGAAUUAUAGUACAGCCUUGUGGUUUUGACGGGGGAGUGGACGUUCUCUCCCACUCUGAUUCAAUUCUUGUCCGCAAAGUGCCUUGCGCUUGUGACAAUUUGUGUGGUUCAAUUAAUGGUUUAGUUUUAAUGGUUUCUAAACCGGAAAAAAGAUAUUGUUUAUGGAACCCGGCUACUGGGCAAGUUAAGUUGUUUGAUUUUCCCCCAACUCAUAUUGAAGGUGAUGGUGGCUAUGUCGGAGGAUUUUGUUGGGAUCAUGUGCAGAACGAUUACAAGGCCUUGAUGUUUUGCUAUGAUUCGAUCUUAUCACCCCCUAGACAAAUUUAUAUUUACUCAACAAAUUCGACUACUUGGACUUGUUUGUGUAACCCUCAAAAUCUCAUGUUGCCCGGACUACAUGAUAGUUUUUGGAUGUUACUAGGUCACUCUACCAUUGUCAAGGGAACCCCUUACUGGAGUUGUUCUAAAUUCUUGACUUUGCCAGGAGAGAAGCAUGUACGUGAGUUCUUCUGGACGUUCAAGUUUGUGCCUGAAAUCAACGAGUUCAGAACCCUUCCUGAUUUAGAUUCCCUCAAAUGUUGUGGAGACACUUUUAGUAUAGUCAACAUCAAGGAUCGUCUUGUUGGGAUGACAUAUAACUCAGUAACACAUGGAGGGACGAAUAUGGUGGAUAUGUAUUCUUUGGACAACGAGGAAUCCAGUAGUGGUGUUUGGAGUAAGAUGUACAAAAUAGGACCCGUGAAUUUUGGCUACAAUCAAAGGCUGCUGCACGCUUUUAGGAAUGGUGGUGAAAUAUUGAUCGGGGGAGAUUCUGGCACAUUUGCUUGCUAUGAUCCCAAAACCGAAGAAAUUAAGAGUAUUGCCGGGACAACUAGCACUAGAUUUUCCUUUAGAAAGUUUGUUGGAUAUCGUUACAAUUAUACGCCUAGUUUGGUCCGUGUUCGAGGAAUGAAGUCCAUACAGAACUUUUCUACAAAGGGAGAACUUAAGGAAUUCGCUUUGUAACUAUUCCCUACUUACGCUAACCUACUCAACCUUGUUAUUGAAAUUACCCGAAACUUUAAUUACAUUUUAUUACAUAUUGAUUCCAAUUAGU